AUGCUGAGAAAACGGAAUUCAAAAAUCUCUCUAACAUCUCCGGUCUAUAAUCCUAAUCCACCUUUAAUGAAUCAUUAUAAAUUAAACCCUUCUGUGAGUCCCGUUCCUGCAUCAUCCCAAAAUAAAAGGAGAAUGCCUGAGCUUAUCGAAGACAAUUUUAAACGUAUAAAAUUGAAUGAUUUUUCAGAUGAAAUGAAUCUGGAUAAACCUUUUUCUCUCAAAUCAGAUUAUUGCGGUGCUAUAGUCGGAUGGAGUUGGGAGGACAUCAAUUAUAAAGAUUAUAAAUGGUAUAGAAAUCGAACUACUCAUAAUUCGCAAGACUGCCAAUAUAAACCGUCGGAAUUAAGUACUACGGACAAAGGGAUCGACGAAUAA